AUGUUGAAGCAAUUUUUUGUAUUCCUCGCUAUUUAUGUGGCAUGUUCGAUUGCAGAGGAGGAGUUUCAUGUCACGCCCGCUCAAGCAAAGAAAGAGCUUGCAAAGUUGGGAAUGGAGAAGAAGUAUAUUGACGAAUUUGUUGCAAUGGACGAUGAACAUGAGAAGAAAUACGCAGAACUUUCCAAUGACCCGUUGCACUCAAAAAGGCUCUAG